AUGGAAAAACUAAAGCCGUUGGAGGAGAAGGGCUACCUCACGCACUGGACUACGAGUGCUAUUAUCGCGCAGCACCCAAUCACCGUGGUUGCAACCGGUGAUGUACCGCUCCACAAGCUUAUAUCAAAUAUGACAUACCGACAAAUAUUCUACGAUGCGCCUAUCACGAAGCUCUCGGAGCCGAACACACCAUAUAAUAGUAAUAACUCAUACUACGGCAGUACAUCCAUUCGUAACGGUGUAGGGUGGGUUACGUUCGGGCGCUUAACUAAGAACCAGAAGGAAACAAUCAAGGCACAAACAAAGAGAGCUAAUGAGCUUUGGAACGACAAGUAG